AUGGGUGUGUUGGGUGUGGUUGCUUUUUGUGUUCUGCUUCUCUUCACCUGCCGUCUGUUGGACAGACAAGUUGAAAACGAUCUGCUGUUAACAGGUCCAACUGAAUUUUCAAAAGAAGCUGAAAUGAGAAAACAGAAAGAUUCUUUGAAUAUUGUGCUGAUGGGUAAGACUGGAGCAGGAAAGAGUGCAUCAGGAAACACAAUUCUGGGCAGAGAUCAGUUUAUAGUGAAUUUGUCUCCUUCAGCUGUGACCAGGAUCUGUAAGGAAGCACGUACAGAAAUAGAUGGUCAAAACAUCAGUGUGAUCGACACAAUAGGACUCUCUGAUAAAUCAAUAAAGUCUUCAGAUUCACAAAGUAAAAUAGAGCAGAUAUUUGAUUGUGCAGAUUGUGGUAUUGAUGUGUUUCUGCUGGUGAUCAAAUUGAGUAAGGCAGUCACAGAAGACAUGAACAUUGUGAAAUGGAUCAAAGAGAACUUUGGAGAAAAGGCCUCAGAACACACAAUAGUGCUGUUUACUCAUGGAGAUGAAUUACAGGAGCCAGUUGAGGAAUAUCUGAGUCUACACAAAUCACUGAGGUCAGUAGUUGAUCAGUGUUCAGGAGGAUGUCAUGUUUUUAAUAAUAAAUCUGAAGAUCGCUCUCAAGUCACUGGACUUCUGAAAAAGAUUGAGUUACUGAAGAUGACGAAUGGAAGCGAUAGAUACACUAAACAGGACUAUAAGAAGACUCAGGAUAAAAUCCUACUUUCAGCAGCAGGAGGUGCAGUUGUGGCAGCAGCAUUUUUUUUAGGAAUGUUUUUUAUUUUCAUGAAAAAGUAAAAAUUCUAAAAAAGCUAAAAAUAAUAAAAAUGACUGAACUACCCAAAGUAAUACAUGUUACAUCAGGGGAACUGGGGCUAGUUGUCACAAGGGAAAUUUCAUAAGUUGUCUCUGGAGUAGGAACUCUAGACUUGCAGCAGUUUUGUAUGUUGUUUCAAACACUUAGUUCUCAAUAUAUCAAAUAUUUGUGUGUAUCAUAAGUAUGUAUCAUUCACAGUCAAAUUUCAAUAUGAUCAUAUUUUGAGCUGUUAGGUGAACAAGUGAACACAAUAAAACCACUGGUUUAAAUGCAGACAAGGUAGAAUUUUUUUUUUUUUUCAUGUAUUUUUCAUGUAUGCUAGUUUGGGGCAAGUUGUCACAUAAUGUUUUUAAUUUCAUACAAUUUACUAAUUACAAUAUUUGAUACUUGAUUAAAGUUAAAGUUUGUAAUUUCACAGACACAAGCACCAUCGAACGGAAUUGCAACAAUAAACAAUGUUUUCAAAACAGCUGUCUGAAUUUGCCCCUCCUCUGCCAUUGAUCAGUCAAUGAGAUAGUCCCGCCCCCAACUAAUCCCAUUGGCUGAGUCAUUGUUAUUGUGUCUGUAUGGACGGGCCGCUCAAAACAAACAGAAGAAUCUUUACAGGACCCAGUGUUUACAGUUUUCAAUAUCAUUUAUCUAUAAAUGGAAAUUAAAGUUGUCUCUGCAUUUAGGACGGGAUGUAGUUCAAUAUUUAAAUACUGAAAAUGUUCUUCAGCUUUAAGCUGUUUGUUACUAUUUAAAGAUAAUUUUGUGGCUCAUAAUUAUUUUGGUCUAUUUAUGUGAUG